AUGGCUCCCGUCACAGAGGGUAAGGCUUUCCACGUGGUCACACCUCUGCUGGAGAGCUGGGUGCUGUCCCAGGUGGCGGGCACCACAGUCCUCCUCAAAUGUGAAAAUGUGCAGCCAGCUGGCUCCUUCAAGAUCCGGGGCAUUGGGCAUUUCUGCCAGGAGAUGGCCAAGAAGGGAUGUAAACACCUGGUGUGCUCCUCAGGGGGCAAUGCAGGCAUUGCUGCAGCUUACUCUGCUAGGAAGUUGGGGAUCCCUGCCACCAUCGUGCUCCCUGAAAACACUUCCCAGCAGGUGGUGAAGAGGCUGCAAGGAGAGGGGGCCGAGGUGCAGCUCACUGGCAAGGUCUGGGAUGAUGCCAAUGUGAAGGCUCAAGAGUUGGCACAGAGAGAUGGAUGGGUGAAUGUGCCCCCCUUUGACCACCCCCUGAUAUGGGAAGGCCAUGCCAGCCUUGUCCGGGAGCUGAAGGCAGAGCUGGGAGCCCCCCCAGGUGCCCUGGUGCUGGCCGUAGGGGGCGGGGGUCUGCUGGCUGGUGUGGUGGCUGGCCUGGCUGAGGUGGGCUGGCAGCACGUGCCUGUGGUCACCAUGGAGACCAGGGGAGCGCACUGCUUCAAUGCAGCCAUCAAGGCCGGCAGGCUGGUCACUCUGCCGGACAUCACCAGUGUGGCCAAGAGCCUGGGUGCCAAGACGGUGGCCGCGGGGGCCCUGGCGUGCACACAGACAUGCACGGUCCUCUCUGAGGUGGUGGAUGAUGUGGAGGCUGUGAGCGCUGUCCAGCGCUUCCUGGAUGAUGAGCGUCUGUUGGUGGAGCCUGCCUGUGGGGCGGCCUUGGCUGCCAUCUACUCGGGCAUCCUGGGGCGGCUCCAAUCUGAAGGUCGCCUCAGCCCCUCCCUGGCCUCGGUUGUGGUCAUCGUGUGUGGAGGCAACAGCAUCGACAGCCGAGAGCUCCAGGCUUUGAAAGCCCAGGUGGGCCAGAGCUAAGGAAUCUAUCCUGAAUGGGCCACCCAGGCCUUCAAGAAGCCCAACAGAUGUUCUUGUGACUGGCCAAGGGGGACGUCUAUUCCUGUGGACAACAGUGGAAGAGUCUGCCCCUGCCUCCUCCUGCAGGAAGCCCUCCUGAACACUCCCUUGGGUUCUGAAACAGGCCCAACGAAUAAACUCUUGCAGAGUUGA